CUCAAGAUUUUUCUGAUACAGGUAAAGCAUGCAAAUUGUCGCGCUCCGGCGGGAAUGCACCCAGCGCUGAGCACAGCUGUAGGCACUAACUCGCACCCGAUUUGAAUGCGUAGACUCAUUUCCACACAGCGGCACAAAAAUAAACAUGGACGGCAGCAGGGCACUCGAGAGCUACGGCAACGACGGAUCGUGGGCCGUGACCCGCUUCUUCAAGGAGGAGAUCUUUAACCCGCAGAUGCUCGCUGCCAACCUGGGCGUCGCAUACGGCGUCGGCGUGUUUGCGGGAGCCGUGUACUUUUUGGAGAACUUUGGCGAGCUCCUUGUUCAGUAGAUUUUUGAAUAAAGUCGAUUUCAUAAGCCAACGGUUUAU